AUGCAUUAAAAUUAAAUUGAAAUUUUCAUAGAUUAAAGAAUUGCUAACGAAGUUGAAAUGCUGAAACGUAAAAAGGAUAAUUAAAAUAAACCAAAACCAAAAGAUGAUAAAAAUGAUGAUGAUGAUGAUUACUACGGACAUAUAUAAUAUACUGAUAUAGAACACAUAAAGGAAUUUAAAUAGGUGAGAGUGGGUUUCGAAGGGAAAUAACUCUCACUUUGGAGUAGUGCGAUAUACUAUUUCGUUAUUAAAUACUUCAAUUAUCCUUUAGAACCUGUGAGAAUUGAAUUCCCCAGGGAAUUCAGACAUCAAUAUAUCAUACCAAAUACAGGAGUCUAUUGUCAUCCAGAAUGGAGCUAAAAAUAUUGGUAAAGGUCCGUGACUUUAGAGCACAUUAUAAAUAGAGUUAUUUAGACUUUUCAUGAAAUUCCAACAUAUUCAGAUUACCCAGCCGACUUAAGCUUUAUAUAAUUAAGUUUAGAUAAAGCAGAAUACUAAAAUGUUAUCAAUGCUAAUAAGGAUUGUUCUACACACUAUAAUAAUAAGAUCCAAGAAGAAAGAUAAUAUUUCGAGAGGAAAAGAUAGCUAGAACAUCAGAAUGCAAGUAAUAAGAAAAAAAAUGAAGACUAACAAUAACAAGAUUAGAAAAAGUAGGAAUAGGAACAAAAUAAUUAAGCUAUUAAGAGAUAGGAAGAAGAUUAUCAUAAUGGUUUAAAAUUGAAUUAAUAAUAGAAUUAAGAUUACAAUUAAUAAUUAAAAUUAAAUGAUUAAAUCCAUGAAUUGCAAAAUAACAAGAUAAAUUAUAAUCAAUCAGUGCCGUAAUAAAUUCAUUAAUAAUAACUAAAUUAACAAUAAAUUUCUAGUAGCAAUCCAAAUUAACAGCAGCAUAAUUUUAAUCAUUAGGCUCAAAAUAAUCAAUAAAUUCCUUAAUUUUAAUAACAACAAAUUUAAUAGGAGUAAAAUUAGGCUAACUAAAAUAAUUAAAAAGCAUCUAACAAUCCAAAAAUAAAAAUCAUAGGGAAUGUUAAAUGA